CCACUAGAUGGCGGACUGACGCACCUUGAAUGGUGGGCAUGCUCCAUAAGCCGCUGAGCUGCGGUUCGUGUUGUAUUUGCUCGCCGCAGCAGUUGACUCCUAACGGGAAUAACCGUCAGCUGGGAUAAAAUUACAUUCAUUUGAGCCAAGACAGAGCUAUUUUAAUUCCGCCAUUUUCUGCUCUACUUGAACCGCAUCGUUGAUAUUCUAAGCGUCUGCAGGAGGAUCAGCAAACAUGUUCUACACCUGUGGUCCCAACGAGGCUAUGGUGGUGUCAGGGUUCUGCCGUUCUCCUCCGCUGAUGAUAGCUGGAGGCCGAGUCUUCGUCAUCCCGUGCAUUCAGCAGAUUCAGAGGAUUUCCCUGAACACGCUGACUCUGAACGUGAAGAGCGAUAAGGUCUACACUCGCCACGGGGUUCCGAUCUCUGUCACCGGAAUAGCCCAGAUGAAGAUCCAGGGUCAGAAUAAACAAAUGCUGGCUGCUGCCUGCCAAAUGUUCAUGGGAAAGUCGGAGGCCGAGAUCGCUCAGAUCGCCUUGGAGACGCUGGAGGGACACCAGCGGGCCAUCAUCGCCCACCUGACUGUUGAGGAGAUCUAUAAGGACCGAAAGAAGUUCUCAGAGCAGGUUUUCAAGGUGGCCUCCUCUGACCUGGUCAAUAUGGGCAUCAGUGUGGUCAGCUACACGCUCAAAGAUGUCCACGACGACCAGGAUUAUCUGCAUUCGCUGGGGAAGGCUCGGACGGCCCAGGUUCAGAAAGACGCUCGCAUCGGGGAGGCCAAAAACAAGAGAGAUGCUGUGAUCAGGGAGGCCCACGCGAUGCAGGAGAAAGUGUCGGCUCAGUACAAGAACGAGAUCGACAUGGCGAAGGCCCAGAGGGACUAUGAGCUGAAGAAGGCGGCGUACGACAUCGAGGUCAACACCAAGAAGGCUGAGUCGGAGAUGGCCUACCAGCUGCAGGUAGCGAAAACCAAGCAGCGCAUCGAGGAGGAGAAGAUGCAGGUGCAGGUGGUUGAGCGGACGCAGCAGAUCAUGCUGCAGGAGCAGGAGAUCACCCGCAGGGAGAAGGAGCUGGAGGCCAAGGUGAAGAAGCCCGCAGACGCUGAGAGGUACCGCCUGGAGAAACUGGCUGAGGCCCAGCGCCUCAAGUUGAUCAUGGAGGCCGAGGCUGAGGCCGAGUCCAUCAGGAUUAAAGGUGAGGCUGAGGCGUUUGCAGUGGAGGCCAAGGGUCGCGCUGAGGCAGAGCAGAUGUCGAAGAAGGCAGAGGCCUUCCAGCAGUACAAGGAUGGAGCCAUGGUGGACAUGUUGCUGGAGAAACUGCCUCUGAUGGCAGAAGAGAUCAGCAAGCCUCUGUGUGAAGCCAACAAGGUUACCAUGGUGUCCAGUGGAAACGGUGAGGUGGGAGCAGCCAAACUGUCAGGGGAGGUGCUGGACAUCAUGACCCGCCUGCCUGAGACGGUGGAGAAACUGACCGGAGUCUCCAUCUCCCAGGUGUCCUCUCGUACAGGCUGAAGCGAACCAACCAGUGGUGACCAGGCAGACCCACCGUCCUAUCAGCUGCCUGGACUCUCUGCAUGAGUCUGCUAACACCAACAGCCUCUCUCUUCUACUCAUGUCUUACCUCAUCUGUGUGGCUGUUUUCCCUCGUGUUGCUCUGUCGACGUUUCACUUUGAUUUAUUUGUGUUGUGAAAGUGGCGUACUGUUAGUCUCUUUAGGGUUGUUUUUUUUGGCCACUUGAUGCUCAGCUCAGUCCAGGGUGGAGUAUCACAGUCCUCUGCCUUAUGUCCUUUCCUGCCUUCUUAUCUUUACAUUAUACCACAAUUUGUCACUCUAAUGAGAAAGUCUGCGUUCGUCGCCUUUUGUCUCAGUCUGUCCCCGAUGUCAGUGUUUACCGUCAGCGUCUCCUCCAUAACUGCCUGUGCACUGCCUUGCUGCCAGACCUUAAGUGCAUCUUAACAAUGAAUAUAAACAUACAUUCAAAAACAUCAUUUGCUAACGCUUUUAACACUCAACCCACAACCACAGCCUGUGUGAUGAGCCAUCGCUCAUCUCUCGUCAUGUAUUUCUGACAUAAUUCAUAUUUAAUUUAUCAGGAGAGAUUAGGGUAAUCCUGCUGUCAGGUCAUCUGUGUCUGUGUAUUUGUCACUGUUUUCUGUGUGUGGUCUGCAUCUGCUGCUGCUGUCUUCUCGUCUUGUCUUGGUGAAUCAGUUAACAUUUUUAAGCAUAUUUUUUGAGGACCUUUUGCUUAAGGAAUACCAGUAUGAUGUAGAGGCAACAAUCAAACAUUGAAAACCAGUGCAGGAGCCCUUCACUACUGUUUUCUCUGUCACUUUAUGCAAAAAUGUUAGGAAAUGUGAUGCACGUUCGGUAACCGUGACCCACCUGUAGGUUCCUCUUCUCUGACUUCAGACACUACGUCUUUGUUAUCUUGUUGAUAUUUUUACAUUUACUGUCAGGGCACUGUGAUGGUUAGUUUGAACACCACCGGAUGCUCGCCGGGUCAGGAAAUUCUGCUCAUCUUGCUGUAAACCUUGUUGUCGUGAUAAUAUGAAUUAUGAUGUUUUUCUGAAAGUUUAUGGUUGAGCAAAAUAGAAAUUUAUAAAGGACAAAAGCACUUUGCUUUCAUCAUCAUCUGAUGCUGGCGGGUCGCAGGUCACGGCCAUCUUUUCCUGAGGACACUUUAACAAAACAGAUCGAGGCUAAAGCAUCUGUGCUAAAGCCCAGUAAUGCAGGCAUUGUACUAAAAGUAUACCUUAAGUAAAGUGGUGUUAUUUGUGUUAUUAUUGCCAGUUAUGUAGCAGCUCUCAUAAAGGUGGAGCUUGUAGAACUGAAGGAAAAUGUGGUGUGAAGUAUAGCUUUAACCUUCUGUUGUAGCAAUGGGAAUUAUCAGCGUAAUUACGAGAUAACUGUAUUAAAAUGCUGCAUUAUUUAUCACUAUUGUUUUUUCAUCUAAAAGGAUGCAGAUGAGGUGCUGAACGGAGAGUUAGGUUUGUGACAGUCAAGUAUUAUCAGCCUGUACUUCAAGGAAAGUGAUGUUAUCCGACUUGAUAUUUGACGUUUAAACCAAACAACCUGUUCCAAGUAAAUCUCAUGCUUACGAGCAGUUUUAAAUCUUUCAGUCAAUGCAUCUGUCACCUGGACCGAUAAUCCUCUCAAGUGUUGGAUCUGAGAAAGUAUUCCAACUUGCCUUAUACCCCAACGCCGUCACACCGUCACCCUCGACGUCACCACAGUCCCUGGCUGGGUGCUCAGAGCGCUUAAUGUUGGCACUGCAUCUCUUUUUUAUUUAAUCUGUGUACAUUUUAAGGCAUGAAAAGCUACUUAAACAAUUAAGAAUCUUUACAAUCACAACACUAACACAAGCAGUACAUUUAACCAAGAGUAUUUUUAUUUCUUUGAUACUCAAACGGGCUGCUGUUUGUUUGUCUGCGACUGUCUUCUCUGCUCAGCUAAUUACACUACAGCCAAAUGUAUAGACGUGGCCUUCUGAAGGUCAUUUUAGUUAUUUAAAGAUAAGUAAUACUGCUUUAAUGCAUGCACUACCACCUGUCACACUUUAACUAUAAUUUAAUCUUUCAAAUGCAUAUCUUUUCAGACAGGUUGCUGUAUCAUACCAAAGUAGCAGGAGAUUUUAUUUAUUGGUUAGCGACAGAAAAUGAAACGUGAUCUUUGUUCGUCUGAGUGUUUUAGGUAUACUGAUACUCUGAAGUGGCACCACAGACAUGUAUUUAUGCAGUAUAUAUUUGAUAUUUGACUCAGUAGCGUUGUUUGCUUCACAGGUCACCAGUAACAGCUAACUCUGCUAACUCCUACUAACAGCCUCAGUGUUACGUUACAAAUGUAUUUACGCUGUAGCGUGUAGAGUUCUCUGUUGUUUCCCGUGUUGUUUCUGGUGAAGUUGGAAGACACCACUUUGUUUCUUUUUAAUUGCUCUCUGUGCACUUCAGGAAUUUUGUGUUUUUAGGAAACGUGUACCCAGUAAACUUGUCAUUGAAUUAAAUUCCAAAAAGAAAACCACUGAUGUCAUUUACUGUUUUUGAAAACAGAAUUGUUAUAUUCCAUAUUCUGCUCAUCUGACUUUGCUGACGUAUUAUUUUUGUUCCAGUUUCUAUUUUAAUUAAUCAUCACCUGCAAUUUGUGUUGAUUUUAUAUUGUAAUGUUUUUCACUGGGACCCUUUGAAGAACAGCCCUUACAUGCAUGCUGGGGUCCUAAUAAUAAAGUUUUUUGUUUGUUUUUUCAGUUACAGUGACUUGCCUAAGAGAAACCUGUUUGUGAAUUUAAUAUGUGUUUUGUGUUAAAGCCGCCAUGGCUCUGGUUCUUUGACAGUCUGCUUUAGCUGACGCAGACUGAAAAUAAAUACAAAUGGAAACUGUUAAUAG